AGAGCAAAGCUUUAUGAUUUGGGGGGAUUCGGAUGCACUUACAUCAUCUCCUAACAAGAUUUUUUUUUCUGUUUUUAUCAGAGUUUAUCUUUUAGCAGUUUCACGUGACUUCUUCAAACUGAUUACCAACCAAGCAGACAACAUACAUUAAACACACCCUCUUACUAAACAUGGCCAAGGGAGGCAAAGGCCCCAAGGGCAAGAAGAUCACACUAAAUGUGGCCAAGAAUUGCAUCAAAAUCACAUUUGAUGGAAGAAAACGCCUUGACUUGAGCAAGAUGGGAAUUACUACCUUUCCCAAGUGUAUUCUGCGACUCAAUGAUGUGGACGAGCUUGACCUUAGCCGAAAUAUGAUCAAGAAGAUCCCGGACUCUAUCUCCAAGUUCCAGAACCUGCGCUGGCUGGACCUGCACAGCAACUACAUCGACAGGCUCCCUGAGUCCAUCGGCCAGAUGGGCACCCUGCUGUACCUCAACGUCUGUAACAACAAGCUGACCACCAACGGCUUGCCCGUGGAGCUCAACCAGCUCAAAAACAUCCGCACUCUGAAUCUGGGCUUGAACCACCUGGACAGUGUGCCCACCACGCUGGGUGCUCUGAAGGAGCUCCAUGAGGUGGGGCUCUUCGACAACCUGCUCAACAGCAUCCCCAAUAGCAUCGGCAAGCUCCCCAAGCUGAAAAAGCUCAACACAAAGCGAAACCCCUUUCCCAAGGAAGGGGAGUCUCAGCUUUUCCUAGAUUCCAUCAAAAGGCUGGAGAGCUUAUAUCUGGUGGAGGAGAAGGAUCUGUGUGGGCCUUGCCUGAGGAAAUGUCAACAAGCCCGCGACAAGCUGAAUAGAAUCAAGAGCAUGGCCGCAGCGCCACCAAGAAAACCCAUCUUUUCCAAUUUUGUUUCACCCAACUCCAUGGCCAAGGAGUCUCAGGAAGACUGGAGGUGA